AUGCCUACGUGCUCAACCUUUUCCUUUAUUUCCAGCAGUUUCAGUUUCAUAUCAUGUACAAGUUGGAUAUUUGCCCAACUUCCCCAAAUUAUAACCAACUAUAAGCUCAAGUCGGCUGAAGGUAUACCUCCGCUGUUUCUUCUACUAUGGUUCCUUGGUGAUUUCCUCAGCUUCACCAGUUGUUUAAUGAAUGAUGCUGUCUUGAAUUUCCAAUUGUAUUUGAGCAUCUUUUUCCUUUGUAAUGACGUGACAUUGUGUUUCCAGUACUACUACUAUAACAGUAUCUACCCAACCACAGUACCUUCCAUUUAUCAGCCGGUAGAUCCAGUGGUGAGAGAUGAGGUGACAGAUAAUAAAGAUGUGUCGAUACACAGUGAGGGUUUAAAUAUUAAGCACAAACAUAGCAGAGAACACCAAGCGCUCAAUGAUGGAAGCGUAUCAAGCAGCUAUGAUUCCACUGAGGAGUCGAGCUCCAUGUUAAGGAACGUUGCGGUAGCUGCAGUCUUGAAUAGCGGGAAGGCGAGUGCCUUACAGAUAAGCUCAGACACUACCAGCUCAGCAGUUACUUCAUGGGGGCUUGUAUUAGCUUGGGGGUGUACCUUAGUCUACUGCAGUUCAAGGUGUCCUCAGUUGUACAAAAAUUACAAAAGAAAAUCCGUUGAAGGAAUAUCGCCGAUGCUCUUCGGAUCUGCUUUGUUAGGUAACUUGGCAUACACUUUGUCGAUACUAACAAGCUGCUCCUUUGUUUUUGGGGAUGAUAAAGCUGAUUUUAUAUACAAAGAGUUGCCAUAUAUAAUAGGAAGCUCGGGGACAAUUGUUUUUGAUGCCGCUUAUUUUUAUCAAAAAUAUUUAUACCGUAACAAUGGCAGAAACACUUCAACAAUGUCAUUAGAGCCAUGGGAAGAGAUAGAGCAUAGUGGAAGGGUAGGAAUAUAG